CUUCAAUUUAGAUUAAUGUACUGGGGCCGCCCGGUGAGUGAUAUGUCCCAAAAAUGCUUAGCUAUAUAAAUUGACAGGAGCAGUUUAACGUGUUCAGUUGCAUCGUCCAAUUUCUCCAGAAUGUCCAUCAUUUGGAUCUGUACAUUUUUUGCCGUGAUUUUUGGGCCAAAAGGCUGUUUUGGUGUAAAUUGUGAGAGCUUAUUCAACUCCGAAGGGGCAACACCGAUGAAUUUGGCAGAAUUGCAGAAUCUAGGCAUUAAAGAACUUAAUGAGUGUCUGUCGUCAAUUGGAUCAAAGCCUCUGGAUCAGGAAGUGGCACAAAAAAUCUGGAAUUCGAUGAAAAGUAUCUACAAAGUGGCAAAUGCUGUUCCUCGGGAAUGCUUCAAAAAUAUGGGAUAUGCUCUUGCUGGAAUCCCUCCUGAAGACUUUGGAAAUAUUACAAUUGGAGACAUUGAGAUGGUGGAGAUAUUUGGGCAACAUCGUGGUUUUAAUCCUGAACAAAUGUAUGCCAUUCUGGAAAAAGUUCAGGAAGACUGGGCAGAAAAAGUCCCUGAAACUUACUCCCAAUAUGACUUGGAAGCUCUUCGACAAAUUCUCUGUGUGAUGAAUCAGACGGAUAUUGAGAGAAUUCAUCCUGAUGCUUACAAAGGAGCUGCUCAGGUUAUUGGAAGUCUUCAAGAUUGUGCCCCUGAAGUGAUUCAGGGUUUUGCAAAAUUAGCCAUCCAUCAGAGGGCUUUUGGACCACCAAACGGCUGGAGUAAGCUCGAUGUAGCAAUUAUUGGAGCAGUUUCAUCUGGACUCCCACCAAAUCUCUAUAAAAGUAUCCCCUCAAAUAAUCUAGCCAAGAAAAAGAAGGAGGAAAAGGAUCUACAGGAUUCCGAUACCGAAAUUGAAACUAAAAUGGACAGUAUGUCUAAUACAAUGUAGAAUACAACAGUAAAUAUAUAUUUUAAACUUUAAA